AUGGCGUUCGCCUCCAUGACACAAACCUUUUCCACAAGAGUGGAGGCUGCUGUUUCUCCAGAGGCAGUCGAUCCAGAUUGGGGCACAAAGUCGGUGGAGUGGUCCUAUCUGGCUGCAGGACUGGGCACGGUCCUCACCCUCUCCCUCCUCAUCGUGAUGACUGUCAAGCUUCGCCUCUUCCACCGCUUCAUGGCCAGCUACAGACACUCCCUGCUGCAAGAGGCCGAUGGGGUCAGCCAGUACGGCCAAGACGAAGUGUCUUACCCGAGCAACGUGUCGGGUAGAAUGGGAAUGGUCAGAGGGACUGCUGUGACCGGGCAGGAUGAAGAUGAUGACGGCUUCAUCGAGGACAAUUACAUCCAGACCAGUGAGAGACACAGGGCAGAGAGAGAAAGAGUGGAGCAGGAGGAGGGGACAGAGGACAGCGACGAUGAUCUGCAGUUCACAAUAGGGUGA